AUGGCAACGCACGUGAAUGAUGGACUGGUGCGUGAGCGGUGUUGCCGCUGCAUCGCCAACAUGUGCCAGCUUGCUUCCUCCGGUGCUCCAGCGCAGCCGUGCGGCGGCGACGCCCACACUGACCGAAGCAACGACAGCAGCAGCGACGGCAGUAUCGCUGACGUGCUGGUCGAGCAGGGCGCGGUGGAGCUGGCGCUAGGGACUCUCGCCAUGUCGUCCCGCCUGAGCGCGAAGGGGCGCGCGUGGGCGGCGCUAGCGGUGCUGAAUCUCGUCUGCCUCUCGCGCGACGGCGCACAGCGGGCGG